AUGAUUGCCAAAAUUCUUCCCGUCCUCCUCACCGCCGCUGGUAUUAGUGCUGUCAAUGGUCGUGCCAUCGCUUCUCCCCAGGGAGUGACUGAUUUACUCACUCCCUCCACUGCUGUUCCCGGCAACUGUGUGUUGUCUUCUCCUAACACAUAUGGGCUCAGCAUUGCUCCCGCAGAUACUGCUGCUAUCAGAAGAAGACAGGCUGUCACUCAAAUUGCAGAUGGCCAGGUCCAGGCUCCUGGUGGUACCGGAGCAGCUGGAUCAUCUGCUGCCGGUUCCGCUGCUGGUACGGCUGCUGGUGCUGGCCCUGGUGCUGGCCCCGCUGCUGGUGCUCCUGGAGAUGAAUUAUCUGCAACUCCAGAACAAGCUGCAAAUGCUGGCGCUGGCGCUGCCGCUGCUGGCGCUGCGGGCGUUCCUCCCUCCGUAGUUGCAGAAAACACUGCUGCUAACGUUGCAAAUGGCGUUGUCCCACAAACUCCUGAGCAAUUUGGAGCUGGCUCUGGUGCUGGUUCCGCUACUGGUGCUGCUGGUGAAGCUGGCCCUGGUGCUGGCCCCGCUGCCGGUGCUGCUGGCUCUGCCGGGUCUCCUGGAGACGAAGUAUCUGCGACUCCAGAAGAAGCUGCAAAUGCUGGUUCUGCCGCUGCCGCGGCCGGCGCUGCAGGCGUCCCUCCCUCUGUGGUUGCAGAAAAUGCUGCUGCCAACGUUGCAAAUGGCGUUGUCCCACAAACUCCUGAACAAUAUGGGGCUGGAACUGGAGCUGGAGCUGGCCCUGGAGCCGGAGCCGGAGUCGGGGCUGGAUCUGGUAAUGGCGUUAGUUCCUCUGGAGUUGCUACUCAAUUUGCUGAUGGACAAAUCCAAGUAUCCGAAGCAGGACCUCCUCCCAUCGGCCCCCCCACAGACCAGGUAACCCAGAUCCAGGAUGGCCAAAUUCAGGCUCCAGGCGCUGGACCUGAGGCAUCUACUGGGGCCGCAGGCUCUUCCGCUGCUGGAGUAGCCCCUGGAGCAGCCCCUGGAUCUGCUGGAUCCCCUGGCGCUGGGGACUCUGGCACCGUCCCAUCACCUACCCCCGAAGGUGCUUCCGCAACUCCUGGAGAGGCUGCAAACGCGGCAGGUUCUGCUGCUGAGGCUGGAGCUGCAGGUGUUCCUCCAGGCCAGGUAGGCCAAGAAGCUGCUGAUUUGACUGCUAAUGGGCAGGUCCCACAGACACCAGGUUCAUUUGGCGCCGGUGCUGCUGGCUCUGGUGCCGCUGGUGCCGCUGGCUCUGGUGCUGACUCUGACUCUAACUCUGGUACUAGUGCUGGUGCUGGUGCUGGUGCUGGUGUUGGUGCUGGUGCUGGUGUUGGUGCUGGUGCUGGUGCUGGUGCUGGUGCUGGUGCUGGUGCUGGUGCUGGUGCUGGUGCUGGUGUUGGUGUUGGUGCUGGUGCUGGUGCUGGUGCUAGUGCCGCUAGUGGUGCUGGCUCUGGUACCGGUGCUGCUGGUACCACCCCAGUAACCCAGAUUGCCGACGGACAGAUCCAAGCUCGCCAGAAUGGAGAUCUCUUGGGAGUCACCCUCAAUAACGGUGUCCUUACUGAUGCCAGUGGACGCACUGGUUAUAUCGCCGAUAACCGCCAGCUUCAAUUCGAUAGCCCACCCCAGACAGGAGCCGUUAUUACCGGUGGGUUCAACAUUUGUGAUGACAAUACUCUUGGUUUAGGGGGAACCAAUGUCUUCUAUGCUUGCGGAAGCUCUGACUUCACAAACCUCUAUGAUACAGAAAUUUACCCAGACAACUGCAACCCCGUAAACUUACUGCUGAACUAG